CUGUUCCAUCCAUCCAUCCAACCAUCCAUCCACCAGCCACUUCACACAGGCAAGCGAGUGGUAAGGGUUCAGGCAUGGCAGCUCCGAGAGCGCUCGUCCUCGCCGUCCUGCUGGCGAUCGCCGUCGCCAACGCCGAGGCAGCGUCCGUGGUCGUCGGCCUGGUCAAGUGCGCCGACUGCACAAGGAAGAACAUGAAGGCCGAGGAAGCCUUCAAAGGUCUCCAGGUAGCAGUCAAGUGCAAGAACGUCCAUGGCGACUACGAGAGCAAGGCACUGGGUGCCCUCGACGGCACCGGGGCCUUCCGCAUGCCCCUCGCCGCUGACCUCCACGGCGCCGACUGCGUCGCACAGCUCCACAGUGCAGCCUCCAACGCGCCGUGUCCUGGCCAGGAGCCAUCCAAGAUCGUGCCGGUUUCCGAGGGCACCAUCUUCGGUAUCGUCGCCGGCGACAGCAUUGCCACACCGUCUGCAGCGUCGCCGGAGUGCGCAUCCAUGACCCUGUGCGGGCCAAUCAAGAAGCACAUCAUCGAGCACUUCCACCACAAGAAGCCCGUGCCACCGAAGCCGGAGCCCAAGCCCCAGCCCCACCCGGACUACGGCCCCGUGCCCAAGCCCGAGCCAAAGCCGCAGCCCCACCCGGACUACCACCCCAUCCCUCCCACGCCCACCUACGGCGGCGGAGGUGGCGGCGGAUACCACGGACACCACUGAGUCUGGUCUACCACCGUCGUCCUGCCCAGCGAUGAAAUCUCAUCAACGGGUUCAAAGUCAGUGAGUGAUUGACGUUGCUAUUUAUGAUCGGUUUGCAUGCGUGGGUGGAUUGUUUGGUGCUGUGCCAUUCGCUGCCCCGUUUUAGUAUCUGCACCGCAGAGUUGAGAGUUCAGAAUAACAGUUGUGAGGAACACAUGGAUCACUGUGUAUUUUGCUUUUUAAAGAUUUGCAAUUUCGGUGUGUGUUUUGUAUACGAAGUUGUGGAUCAAGUAAUUUAAUCAAGUCCAUUAUUUGAGCCAAUGGAAUUACUGCAGAUGUUGGCUUUUUUGGCUUGAUCUUGUUCUACUGUGUGCUGCGUGCGUUUAGUUCAUGUUUUGCCUAAUGUUAUAGGCUUGCUUUUACCUUCAUUUUCUUUUAAGUUUUUGGUUCAUGUAAUAACUGUGUGGUGGUUUUUUAAUGGAAAAAUGCUACAUCGA